CCCGGGCGAGCAUGGACAGUCGCGUCCUCGAGCAUCACCCUCACGCCCACUUCGGAGGCACCUUGGGCGGGCUGGUGGGCUUCCCGUACCCGCUCGCUGCUCACCAUCAUCAUCAUCAGCAACAGCAACAGCAGCAGCACCAUCAACAGCAUCAUCAUCACCACCACCACCACUACGAGCUCGCCAGCGCGCACCAACUGCAAUCCGCGGCUGCCGUCCCCUUCACCAUAGACGGAUUACUAAACGGUUCUUGCUCGGCGUCGGUGGUCAGCUCCAGCGCGCUCUUGUCACCCGACGGCCAGUACAAACUCUCCGAUUCCGGGGACCCAGACAAAGAGAGUCCCGGUUGUAAACGGAGGAGAACCAGAACCAACUUCACCGGCUGGCAGCUGGAGGAGCUGGAGAAGGCCUUCAACGAGAGCCACUACCCGGAUGUCUUCAUGCGGGAGGCGCUCGCACUCAGGCUGGACCUGGUCGAGUCCAGAGUUCAGGUUUGGUUCCAGAACCGACGCGCUAAGUGGAGGAAGAAGGAGAACACAAAGAAAGGGCCCGGUCGGCCCGCGCACAACUCCCACCCGACCACGUGCAGCGGCGAGCCCAUGGACCCCGAGGAGAUCGCGCGUCGCGAGCACGAACGCGCCGAAAAGAAGAAACGCAAGCAGGAGAGAAAACUACUCCGGUCGCAGAGUAAACUUCUGCAGGGCGACAGCUUCCACACGCCGGGCGGUUCCGAAAGCGACAGCGGCGUGUCUCAGUUCACCGACAGCGAGCAGCAGCCUUCUUCGGGCCCCAACGGGACUAUUCACGCAGAGCUGCCCCUGCUGUCGAGGGGAGCCGAAGGACACCAAACUGAAUCCAGCUGUGACCAAACCCGACACGACUUCAACCACCAAAACCAAAGAAGAGAAGCGGAGCAGGUUUCUCCGGGCAGCACGCACAGCUCCGGUAGUCCCGCCGGCCCGAGGUCCUCUGCCCUGCAGAAGCGCAACCCUUUCAGCGUGGAGAGCCUCCUCUCAGACACCACGCCUCGACGAAAGCCCGCGCUGGACUUCCCGGUACUUCCCGCCCAGAGGACACUGGUGGGUAAAGGCCAUUUCUUGCUUUACCCCAUUACUCAUCAGCCUCUCGGCUUUCUCGUGCCCCAAACGGCCCUGAAGGCAUCAUCCCCGUGUCAGGACGACAUCAACAGGCUCCACCUUGAACAGACGUGUGCUCCAACUGACCUCUCCUGCGCUCUCGCUAAGCCGAUAAGCGCGGAUCAUAAACCACACGACCACCACAGUCCCGUUAGCAAUAGAGUCGACACAGAGGAGGAGUUCGCCGACGAUUGUCAGGUACUCGGCAAGUCUCAGGCACCCUUGCGGUCCGCCAAUUCCGGCGAGGCGGGGAAGGUCCACGCAGAGGCGCCGAGCAACGGCUGCCAAGACGAGGAGCAACAGGCGUCUCCGGUUCUGUCCGAGGGUCUUGGCGCAAACGCAGACUGUAGAGAAGCGGCAGAUACAGAUGGCGAAGAUGUGGAUAUGGACUAACGCUUGCUAAAAAGCAGCACUGCUCAGACGCUGUCAGAAACAGGGCUACAGUAGGAGUCGAUUUCUAUCGAGUUAUAAUAUUGUUCCAUUAGCAGACUCCAAGGUACAGGUAUGUUUCCAGGCCGUUAAAGUGUCAAUGGAUACAGAAAUGUUUGUGUCGCAAGUCCUUGUAACCCUGACGGCUAGAUUUUUCUGAGAGUGGACUGUUCAAACAUUCCCAAAGCUCUGCAUAGAUGCUUGCAAACAUAUCAGGAAUCGGGAGAGAGCCGCGUUUCUACCAAGCACUGCAGUUCAUUUCAAUUCCAGUUUGGAACAUAAGAACAGAUCUGAUUGAAUCAAUCACAACUGGACUGUUGCAGUUGUUUUGGAAGCAGUUUUGACUCUAAUCAGAGCAGGCUUUUUGAGAUCCUGCAACAAAACAUAGGGCAUGUUUGAUAAACCAGACCAGUCCAGUUGUGAUCCAUUCAAUGCCCAGUGAAGGAAAUGAUCUGGUCUAGCAUAGAUUUACAGAUGAUACCGUGAAUUGCUGGAUCUCAUAUUCCCUUAAAUCAGAGGUCUCCGAACCAGUCCUCAAGGGCCACUGUGGGUCUUGGUUUUUGUUCCUACCGAUUGACCACAGACCGUUUAACUAAUGAGCAGCACCUGGCUGCAAUCAACUGAUUACACUUGUAAAACACCAGAUUGGUGCAAAGGUAUCGUCUUGUUUUGUUGGAACAAAAUCCUGCACCCACUGCGGACCUAUGUGGAAUAGUUUGGAGACCACUGCCUUAAAUAAAGACAUGGAUGGGGAAUAGUUAACUUUGCCAAAUGUGUUGCUGGUUCUGUUGAGAGAAACCUAAGGUUUCCGCAAAGGCUGAAAAAAGUUAUGACAUUGUACCGAUACCGAUUUUCAAGUAAAGGGAGAAAUGCUAAAGAACCUUUGCAAGGCAAACAUGUCUGCUUAUCAGAUUUUACAAUCUUGAAUUUCCUAAGAUUUGAAAAACAAAACAAUUACCAUGCUAAAUCUAAUCAGAUCUGAAAUACCUUUGCAGUUUUGGAACCAUGUCAGUUCACAUUAGUACCGUAAUUUUUGCACUGACUAUAAGCCACCACCCACCAAAUGUGACACGAAAACGGCAUUUGUUCUCAAUUAAGCCGCCCCGGAUUGUAAGUCGCAGCUGUCCUCACUCUAUUAUGGGAUAUUUACACCAAAAUAUAUUAACCGGUAACACUUUAUUUGACAGCGGCAUCAUACAACUGUCAUAAGACCAAAUGAACCACCGUGAAGCUUUGAACCAAUUGGCUUCAAAGCUUCAUUGCUUCAAGAAGCUUGAUUUGUCAAUCACUGCUUCCUUUGGGGAGACAGUCAACCUCUUCUGCCUCCUGCUGUCAACACUGUUGUUGUCCAACAUGCCUCCUAGCAUGCAUUGCAGCACUGCAGAUGUAAAUUUCAAUCAAAAUUCAUGUUCUGUGCUAAUUAUUUAUCCAG